AUGUCUUCAUCUACAAGAAUCUCAUCUACACCAGCAUCUUUAGUUGUUUUAAGUGCCAGAAGGACAGAAUCCCAUGAUAUUCCUAAUAUUAUCAGUCUCAUGAACUAUGAUACAGAAAGAUUGUUUGGCAGGAUUAAUGUCAUAUAUCUUUUAGAAAAAACUAAUCUUGCAGUGACUGUGAUUAAUGACAAAAAUGUAAGUGUUGCUCAUGCUGCAUUUUUGGAUUAUCCUAACUGGGGCUUUGUUGAUGAAGCUAACUGGGAAGCAUAUAUGAAACAAAGCUAUCCUGAGACAAAGUGUACACCUUUAAAUACACUAUUUAUGCAUCUAUUUGUAGCAGCUGAUGAAUAUUCAGUCAAUUGUUGUCAUGAAAUUAUGAAGACUGUUUUUAAAACUGUACCAGAAUUACAUUUCGUAUUUCUCUUCAUACCAUUUCAAGAGGAAUUGGGUAUAGAUUUGGCAGUAGCUUUUGAGCCCAUGAGGAAUCCUGUCAAUUCAUCUCUGAUUAUGGAAUAUAGUCUCCAUGUGUCACACAGGCAUCAGUAUUGUCCUCAGUUGUAUAUUCGCUGUGCCAGGGUAGAAGACCAUGAUGAUCUUACACCAAUCUUUUCACGGCAUAACGAUAUUCUAAGGCAAACCUAUGGAGACUAUUUCCUCGCUGAAUUGAUAGAAGCUCAAGAUGAAAAUAAUCUUGCUGUAGUUUGUGAGGAUAAUGGCAUAGCAGUGGGGUUCAUGAGCAUAUGUUCUGAAGUGAAUGUAGAGCUGCUUCAUGACUGCUUUGACUUGAGACUUUUCCAUGGACUUUGCAAACCACAUCCAGAUGAUAUUCUUAAACCGCCAUGCAUUUCAAGUGAGAUUACAGGAGAUGAAAGCAUUAUCUUAGGAAGUCAAAAAGAAGUGAUUAUGGAUACCCAGAGUAUAGAUAUGCAGAAAGAGGGAAUACUUGCUCAGGUUUCAUUAGAACUGCCAUUAGAAAGCGACAGAAGUAAGGAGCUGAAAGCAACUGAAACAUCACCUAGUACUAGUUUUGAAAUGCAACCUUUCCAUCCUCUAUAUAAAGGAGAAGUAAAUGCAUUUUGUAUUCAGCUCUUUUGUAUUGAUGAGCAACAUGAAACAAGGUCACUGGAUUUCUUACAUUUUGUUUUUGAACUUUUCCCAGACAAAGACUUCUGCAUCAUCACAGUGCCACAUAUGGUCCCUGAAUUUCACCUGAUCCAGAGUUUUGUUAGGAUUAUUCCCUUUAGCAAUUGUACACUGGAUCAGGAGCUAUAUGUAUUUCACCGAUCUGGAUUGCUCAAGUCGUUUCAUGUAAGAGCAGCAAAAUCUACUGAUGUCUUUGCCAUUAAAAGACUAAUCCAAACCCUGGAAUUGAACGUAGCUAUAUUGGAUGACUUAAAUAACUACUUAUCAGCACGAAGAGAUCCAGAUGGGACACCAGUCCAGGCAUUUGUAGCAGAGAUUUUGAAUCAAAUCAUUGGAAUAUCUGUUAUUAGAAAUGAAAUGGACAUUGAAUAUAUUCGCUCACAUUACAACAUUGAAGAUUUUAUCUAUUUCAGUCAUUACCAGCAGGAAGAACAUGGCCACCUUUACCAUUUUUCUCUCAAUCCAAUUUUUCACCAUUAUGCCAAACAUUUUAUGAAGGAGAUACUUCGGUUAGCCUACAAAUCUUGCCUCUAUUAUCCUAUUUAUCCCCAACCUGUAGAAGGCAAGUACCAGAAUCCCUGUGCCCAUUCCCUGACAUCUGCCCUACAUUACAUGGUUCCCGUGCGACCAAGACGACAGAUUGUCUAUCCUCUGGAAAAGCUUGGCAUAAAUGCUCCAUCAAAACAAGUCUCUAAGGAUCAGUUAAAGUAUGCACUGUAUCAUUUCAAUCGGAAAUUGUCCUUGGAGCCUAAGGUAUCUGUCAAUUGUAGAAUAGUAGUUGUUGGAUCAUCAAACGUAGGAAUCUCCUUCUUGGAGACACUGAUUUUUUGCCCACACCUGAAAUUCAACAAUCUUACAUUGAUUUCAGCUCAUGGCCUUCCAGGGAAAGAUAAAUCAAAUAAUCUGCAUAAGGCAUUUUUAAUUAACAGUUAUUGUUUUAAUGAGGAUGAUUAUGCACUGAUGUCACUUGGUUCAUGGAUUAAUGUUGUGGCUGGAAAAAUGAUUGCUAUAAACAGGACUGCAAAACAUGUAAUAGUUUCCAAGGAGAAAAAAGUGCCCUAUGAUCAUCUCAUUCUCUGCACUGGCCAGCAGUAUCAGGUCCCAUGUCCUAGUGAUGCAGAUAUCAAAAAAUUAUUAACCAACAGAGAGGUAUCAACAAACUAUCGACAAAGAUACACAGGAGUAGUGCCCUCCAAUCUUUUUAUUAUUUCUGAUGAUGAAGAUGCAUUAGCAGCAAUGAAGUGGCUAAAAGAAAAAGUGAUUGAUUCCACAGGGAAUAUUAUUGUCUAUGGGAAUACAAUUGAUGUGUACACCACCAUAGAAUCCCUUUUAUCAUUGGGAAUUAGUGGCUAUUGUAUACACCUUGUACACCCUCCCUCGAAUUCUAAUAUUACUUCUCUCAAUAACAACGCAAUAGAAAGAGCUAUCAAGAAAGCACUGUCCAGGUCUGGUGUAACUGAACACCAUGAUAGUCUAUUGGCUCAGUGGAAUGAUGGCAAUUACCCAGACCCAAUCACAUGUGCAUCUUUCACAACAAAUACAAAGCCAUUUCAGUUGCAAUGUUCUGCAUUCUUUAACUUUACCAAAAGAAGAGUGGAUUAUGAGACUUUCAAAGCAGUUAACGAUGCAUGCCUUGUCUAUGAUGGGAGGCUUGUGAUUGAUACCAACUUCCACACUAAUGAUGUGAGCAUCAGGGCUGCAGGUCCUUUAACCAAAUUUUCCAAUAUAUACUAUGCUAAUGAAUGGACACACAGCAAUUUCAACUCAAAAGAGGUUGGUUUUCAGCUUGCUGCAACCAUGCUGAAUCUUUUUGAUCCAACUCUAGAGCCAAUUUUUGAACCUCCAGAAGAUUUAGAUAGACUAAUUCCUAUGUACAAGGGAUGCAAAAUUCAAGGUGGCAUUCUACCUGGAAAAUAUAAUUAUGUGCAUAUUUUUAAACCUGGGAUUCCUGCUCGCUUGGAUGUACAAGAAUCACAACCUGAUUACGGGAUGGCAAUCAUAACAGGAGAUGCAGUAAAGGGAACUUACUUCAGAAUACAUGUCAACCAAUACAGCAAAAUAGAAACCAUUACUUGCUUUUCAAAGACACCUAUUCCUGUUUCCAACUACAUAUGUUUAUUUGGGCAACAUGAACGUCUUCUUAAUAAUCUUUGUUCUCGCUGGAGGGAGGGGCUGAUCUCAAAUCUCUAUAGCUACUUUAAGGAACCUUGGGCCUUGGCCAUCUAUCAUGAUCGUUUUAGUGAUCUGAAGAAGGAACUACGUCAGAUCUUAGUAUCUGCCCAGGAAGAAGAUACACCUUCAAUUCAAGAACUUGUGCGUCAAAUAGUAGAAGGUGAAAUUUCCUUACUUGAAAGGCCAAAGACAUAUCUCAAACAAUCCUUUAAACAAAGUAUAUGCAAUAAUAUGGUACAAAAAAGCAUUCUCAAUUAUCUGAAUUAUAAUAAUUAUCAUUUACCAAUGUUUGCCUGGCCAGGAAUAGUUUAG